AUGGCUUUGAAGCGCAUCAACAAGGAACUCACUGAUCUCGGACGUGAUCCGCCCUCUUCCUGUUCUGCCGGCCCUAUUGGAGAUGAUUUGUUCCACUGGCAAGCAACCAUAAUGGGUCCCAGCGACUCGCCAUACUCUGGUGGUGUCUUCUUCCUAGCGAUCCAUUUCCCGACAGACUAUCCCUUCAAGGCCCCCAAAGUCAACUUCACCACUCGCAUAUAUCACCCCAACAUCAACUCCAACGGUAGCAUUUGUCUGGAUAUUUUGAGGGACCAAUGGAGCCCUGCUCUUACAAUCUCAAAGGUUCUCCUGUCGAUCUGCUCCAUGCUCACAGACCCCAACCCCGACGACCCAUUGGUGCCUGAGAUUGCCCACGUUUACAAGACAGACCGUGCCCGGUACGACGCCACAGCUCGAGAAUGGACGCGCAAAUAUGCAAUUUAA